AUGUUUGAGCACGUUGCACUAAUGGCGACAUUUCGUGUAUUAACACAAUACAUCAUGAUUACAGUCCAAAAUCGAUGUUUGGUGUCAAAUAAGAACAAUAGGAUACGUAAAGUCUGUCUAACACCAUCAAUGAACAGCACACAUAUACAUCAUCACUUAUGGCCAUAUGCUGUCCGUGGCAGUGUGACAUUAAUUGUCGAAAAUACAACGACUGAAAAUUUUGAACACAAUAUCUAUCGCACGCUGCGACAGAGUAUUGCUAAAAUUGUACGAACAUUUUGUACAAUCUAUCGGCAGAGCUGUCUAAGUCAUGAUGCUGAUGCUGUCAGAGCUGACCAUGUCAUUAUUCAAAGUUAUGAAGAACAGUUAGAUGAUCAGCGCUUGUAUGUCGCUGUAUUUAUCAAAGAUCCCUAUCGUCAAGACAUAGCUUUAACUAAUGAUCAAUUUCUACUUGCACUUAAACGUCAUCGUCAACAACUCUAUCAAGAUAUUAAACAUCAUAUUAAUCUUCCGUCGACAAUUUUUGAACAAACAUCAUUAGAUCCAAUAUGGUUAUAUGGUGUUUGUUUACUUGCUUUGCUUGUCCUUGUCGUUGUGAUUCUUAUGUUGAUUACAAUUCUCUCGAAACGAACGGUUAAAACGAAUACAAUAGAAGAAACGAUUCAAACAGAUAAACCGACAUCACAACCACGGCCAGAUGAAACACAAUUAUUCGUUUCGUCGCCUAUUCGACUAGCUCAAGAGGAGUAUGAAACAAAUUCGUCGUCGUACGGUAAUGAGACCGAAAUAUCUCAAACAUCAAAUUCUACGCUUACAGCUAAUUUACCCCAACCAUCUAAUUAUCUCUAUUCAUCAUCUCGUACAUCCUAUUUUAAUAGUGCUAUCGAAGCAGCGAUAAAACAUCAUCUACACGAUGAUGAACCUAUCCCAUUCAUAGAUGAUAAUCUGUCCGUGACACAUAGUCGAAAGAGUAGUGCAUGCUGGAGUGAUCGGACAAGUUUGACUAGUCGUUUCGGAUUUGCUUGGAAAUGGAGCGGUAUGCGAUCCGCGACGUGUUCAACUGAACAAGGAAGUUCAAGACGAUUCAGUUAUCGACCCGUUCGAUAUACCAUACCAAGAAUCUCACAGCGUCAUAUUCAUGAGCAAUUGUAA